CAGUGCAGUGCUCGGGCGACUAGUCCUCCAGCAACUGCAGUCUCUGGGCCUCACCGGCUUCAGCACCGGCGCGCCAGCCGCUCUCGCACCACCGCGCACCACCGCGCACCUGCCACUGCCGCUCCGCGCCCACCGACGCCGCCGGCUCUGCUGCCUUCCCGCUUCUGCCCCAGAGGAGUUCGCAGCCUGUCCAGAGCCUCAGCACCUGCGAGCAGAUGGAGCUGGACCAUAUGACGACCGGUGGCCUCCAUGCCUAUCCUGCCCAGCGGGGCGGGCCGGCAGCCAAGCCCAAUGUGAUCCUGCAGAUCGGUAAGUGCCGAGCCGAGAUGCUGGAGCAUGUGCGGAGGACCCACCGGCACCUGCUGACCGAAGUGUCCAAGCAGGUGGAGCGAGAGCUGAAAGGGUUGCACAGGUCGGUGGGCAAGCUGGAGAACAACUUGGACGGCUAUGUGCCCACCAAUGACUCCCAGCGCUGGAAGAAGUCCAUCAAGGCCUGUCUGUGCCGCUGCCAGGAGACCAUUGCCAACCUGGAGCGCUGGGUCAAGCGUGAGAUGCACGUGUGGAGGGAGGUCUUCUACCGCCUGGAGAGGUGGGCCGACCGCCUGGAGUCCAUGGGCGGCAAGUACCCAGUGGGCAACGAGCCGGCUCGCCACACUGUCUCUGUAGGUGUGGGGGGUCCAGAGCCCUACUGCCAGGAAGCUGAUGGCUAUGACUACACCGUCAGCCCCUAUGCCAUCACCCCACCACCUGCUGCCGGAGAGCUGCCUGAUCAGGGGUCAGUUGAGGCCCAGCAAUACCAGUCUUGGGGGUCAGGUGAGGAUGGGCAACCAAGCCCGGGUGUGGAUACACAGAUCUUCGAGGACCCACGGGAGUUCCUGAGCCACCUGGAAGAGUACCUGCGGCAGGUGGGUGGCUCUGAAGAAUAUUGGUUGUCCCAGAUCCAGAACCACAUGAACGGGCCGGCCAAGAAGUGGUGGGAAUUCAAGCAGGGCUCCGUGAAGAACUGGGUGGAGUUCAAGAAGGAGUUUCUGCAGUACAGCGAGGGCACGCUCUCUCGUGAAGCCAUCCAGCGGGAGCUGGACCUGCCGCAGAAGCAGGGCGAGCCACUGGACCAGUUCCUCUGGCGCAAGCGGGACCUGUACCAGACACUGUACGUGGACGCUGAAGAGGAGGAGAUCAUCCAGUAUGUGGUGGGCACCCUGCAGCCCAAGCUCAAGCGCUUUCUACGCCACCCACUGCCCAAGACUCUGGAGCAGCUCAUCCAGAGGGGCAUGGAAGUGCAGGAUGGCCUGGAGCAGGCGGCUGAGCCUUCUGGCACCCCACUGCCUACAGAAGAUGAGACCGAGGCCCUCACACCUGCCCUUACCAGCGAGUCAGUAGCCAGUGACAGGACCCAACCUGAAUAGAGGGGCCAGCCCGGGGUCCCCAGCCUGCCUGCCACACCCAGCCUGUGGCCUUUGCCAACUCGGACUUGAGCUGGGGCUGAUUCCCAAAGGGGUGCCCUGUCCAGCCAGACAUCUACUCACCCCCCUGGCCUGACUCACAGACAACUGCCACACAACCAUGCUACCCGGUCGACAUCAAGAAGCCCCUCUACCGCAGGGCUCCCACCUGCCACCCACCCCUCAGCGGUUUGCCCUGGCCCUAGUCCCACUGGCCUUACCCUCCACACUCUCAGACCAUCACAGAACACCUUUGGCUUCCUCGUUCUGCGCCAGUGCCCGAGUCCUUUGGGUAAUCGGGAAACAAGUGUCUGGAAGGCAAAGAGCAGUAGGCACCACACCCCAAGGGGCAUCCCAGGGCAGAAGCUAGAGCAGAAUCAUUGCCGAGAGAACCUUGACUUCAGGGAAUGCAGCCUGCUCCUAUGGACACAGCAGAUCCAGCUGGUACCCUAGCUGCCUCCCAGGGCAACUGGCCAACCUUGGGCAGUAUAGCUCCCCCCCCACCCCCGUCAGGGGUGAGCUAAACCCACAAAUGCAGCUGAAGCAGCCAGCAGACCUGACAUCAUGGCACCUCCUGGCCCCCAGCAGUGAUUCAUACCAGCGAAGAAAAGCAGAGCUCAGCUCCAUGACUCAGCCGUGGCAGGCGGAGGGUCCCAGAGGGGCUGAGUCCUCACACCCAGCUGAGGCAGCAGCUGGCACCUUCAGAGCCAGGAGAAUGAUAUCAGGUCUCAAGGCUGCUGAGAAGUCUUCCUUGCCAUGCCUGGAAUGGGCACCACCACAGCACGGGCACUGUCUCCUCCUCUCUCGAAGCUAUCAGCGCACAAGUUCCAAGAUACUUUCAGGGCUGAGAAAACAUGAUUACAAGAGAGGAGGGGGCCUGGCAGAGGGCAGCACUCCAACCCAGCCUGAGAGCUGGAGGUGAAGAUAGGCCAGCGUGAAGCCAGGGUCUGCCGUGAUGCCCACCCCGCUGGCCACUCGCUGCCCGCCAUGAGCCACUGCAGCUUGAGCAGGGUCUGUGCUCCUAGGCCUCUUAGCAUAGAACCCAGCUCGCUGAGUGGCCGUUGGUCCUCGCCAGAACCUCGCAGGAGCCUUAAGGCUUGGGCCCCAGCCCAGCCCAUCCUUUCCUGCUGUGCCCUGCCCUGCUAGUCCAAGCCCAGUCUCAGGAGACCCCAGGCCUUGGUUCCUGGGAUGUUCCAGGCACUUCCCUGCCCAGUUAUGGCCCAGCUGAGCCCCAGCCAUGCCCCAGCACCACUGCCUCGUGCUGGUAGCUGCUUGUGUCUGCAGUCCGAGUAAGCCUUGUCGAGGUUCCUCCAUCUGCCUGGUCCGCUGGUGUUCUGGGACCAGUUCCUCUGAAGUUCUGACAGAUCCUCUGUCCUGUCCCCCUGCCGGGCCCCACAGCUUUGUUUUUUCACAUAAGCCACGACCCAUAUGCAUUUGGCUUACACAGGAGGGAGGCCCCUGGGGACUAGGGAGACCCCGAAGAUCUCAAAGAGAGUGUGGCUAUCCCCUAUUUCCGCCAAGCCUUGAAAAUCCAGCCAGGCCAUCUGUCCAUACCAUCUUACCUCGAAGACAGACUUUUAUAUAGAUAUAUAGAUAUAUAUGCAUACAUAUAAGAUUUUCUUAAUAAAACCAUGAAAUUUC